CAGCGUAUCGUCCGCUGACUUCAGCCCAAAGCGAUGACAAUAACUAUCUGCUUCGUUUUGUUAUGUUUGGUAGAAAUUACAACACAAGAUCCAGUGCCUGUUGUCAUCUGGCAUGGCCUUGGACAAAGUUGCUGUGGGCGAAGUAUUGGACCAAUCAAAAGUUUAAUAGAGGAACAAGUUCAAGGAAUAUAUGUUAAAUCUCUUGAAAUUGGUAAUAAUACUACUGAGGAUGUGAAUAAUGGAUAUUUAAUGAACGUCAACGAUCAGGUUACCAUGGCUUGUAAAUUAAUUAGUAAUGAUUCUAAAUUACAAAAUGGUUACAACGCACUUGGGUUCUCUCAGGGCGGACAGUUUAUGCGAGCUGUGGUCCAGAGAUGUCCGACACCACGCAUCUUCAAUUUCGUUUCUGUUGGCGGCCAGCAUCAAGGUGUGUAUGGUUUUCCCAAAUGUCCAGGUGACAAUAACACGCUAUGUGAUAUUGUUAGAAAACUUCUCAGCUAUGAUGCGUAUGUAAGCUUUGUACAAGAUCAUUUAGUACCAGCUGAAUAUUGGCAGGAUCCACUGAAUCUAGAUGAAUAUCGAAAUAAAAGUGUUUUUCUGGCUGACAUCAACCAGGAGAGAACCAAGAAUCCUGUGUAUAAAGAAAAUUUACUGAAACUGAAAAAUUUGGUGUUGGUUAAAUUUCUUCAAGAUACCACUGUUGAACCUAGAGAGAGCGAGUGGUUUGGAUUCUAUGAACCAGGUCAAACUAAGAAAAUGUUAACUGUAUUUGAAACACCUUUAUAUAAACAGGAUUGGUUGGGAUUAAAGAAAUUAAAUGAUACAGGACGGCUCCAUUUCUUAAGUUCUGACACAGAUCAUGAGAUAUUCACCCACGAGUGGUUCAUCAGCAACAUCAUUAAUAAAUUCUUUAAAUAAAUCAACAAAACAAUGUUAUUACUGUUUGAACUCUCAUCUUAAUGCUCAAAAUAUAAUACGUUUUUCUUGUUUUAGAACAGCAAAUAUCUAAGUAACUUGGAACAAUAUUUUUUAUUUGUUAGAACUACAGUGUAGUUAUGUAUACAAGAUUUUUAUACGCCCACAUUUUCAUGUGGACGCCAGUCCGUCCGUCCACAAUUGUUUGUGGACACUACAGGUCACAAUUCAUAUCCGAUUUUGACGAAACUUGAAAUAUAGGUUUAUCUCCAAAAGAUCUCGGCUGCUUUCGAUAUUGGCAUGUAUCGGAUCGAAACUUCAUGGAUUAUGGCCCUUGUUUGUACGAAAAAUCACGUUUUUAGCUUGUGGACCAUAAUAGAGGUCACAAUGUUAAUCCUAUUUUGAUGAAACUUGAUAUGUAAGUUUAUAACCCAAAGAUCUCGGUUCCUUUCGAUAUUCGCGCGUAUCGGGCUUGAGGACCCUAUAGAGGUCAUAAUUUUUAUCCGAUUUAAAAAAUCGUUUUAGUAUAUCACCGUUACACCCUAAGGACGUCUGAGUUCGAAUUUCGUAGAAAUCAGACCCAAACUGACAGAUAAAAUAGGCGUCCCUCGUACUCAAAUAGCGUAAAAAAAAUAUGGUAUAUCAAUGUUGUGGACUCUCUAGAGGUCACAGUUUUCUUUUGAUUUUGAUGAAACUUGCAAUGUAAGUUUAUAACCCAAAGAUCUUGGUUCCUCUCCAUAUUCGCUCAUAUCUGACCGUAAUUUCCUGAAUUAUGGCCCCUGAUUGUACGAAAAAUCGCUUUUUGUUUAGUUUGUUCUCUAUCCAUCUCUUGCAAAAUGUGGGCGUAUCCUGCCUAGCAGCCGCUGGUUGUCAAAUGUAUUGCUGUAUGUAACAAUAUAUUUAUUGCGCCAUUUAAGCCUACAACAUUAAUUAUUAAACUUACAUUAAUUAUUAAAUUGACAAUAUUUAUUAACCUUUUCGUAGAAGGUGACAUUUUGUCCAGAUACACAGAAAUGGUCUUCAACAUCCUUCUUUUCAAAAACCAAUUGGAUAAUGAAGAUGGAGCAUAGAACAUGAGCGAAAUAAAAGAGUGCUUCCCUUCAUUGAUUAGUUGAUUUAACGCCCCAUGUUUCACAACGAAUUGAGCGGGUCCUUAAAUAUGGGUUACCAGAAAAGUAUUUAUCGGGUGGUUAUUUUCAAUAAAAGUAUGGUAAUUUUGGUAUAUAUGGAAAGUAGAGAUCUUACUAGAAAAAUACUGGAUUCCCCGAAAAACACUCAUGGAGCGUAUACAGGACAUAAAUUUAAGGGUUCCCCUAAUCAACAACCCGACGAUUAGGACUUUCUGCACGCGGGAUGUCAAAGGUCACACGCGAACAUUGAACGCUUGAUGUACAAGUUGAUAAACUUUAUGAAGAGUUAGACUUACAACACUUUCUGAGACAAAAAAUGACGGAGAAAGACGCGGGUAUUGGAUAAUCCGAGAAUUUAAUUAGGAUUCGAUAUUUGUAAUAAAGAGUAAGCGAUUAAAGACAACAUCAUCUUAUGUAUGCAAUGAAUUCUCAACUUGACUUCCAAGAGAGGUAGUCACGUGACGUAAACAUGGCCUGGUUGGAUCGAAUUAUUAUAGCAGGACAUUCCUUCGCAAUUACAAUGUUUGAGAAGGAUUUGAAGCAAAGUUAUGACAAAUUAAUUCGUUUGAUUAUGUUUUUAGUCCAUAUAUACCAUAAAAUCACACAGUUUGAACGCGGGAACCCAUCUUUAAUAAAACUGUUUUUUUGUUUUUGUAUUUAUGUUUUGUAUUUCAUCAAUGCAAAAGAGUUAAGAAUUUUAUUCUAUGUAACAUAAAGAUCUGUAUAUUGGUUACUCUGUUGUAAAUAUUGAAGAUUGUGUUACAUUUUUUCUAACCAUGAGUUCCAUAUUAACAGGCAAGUCAUUUUUUCACGUUGCCUAAAUAUUUAUUUAAUAAAAAUGUGUCCAUGUAAAUUAUGCUUGGUAAUAUGUUAUUUAACAAUAUAGAUUGUCUCACAUACAGACACUGACUGUCGUGGCUGACCGUAAUGACUUAACCCUUUUCUAUAUGCAAUCAUUCAUAAAAUACUGCGUCAAACUUAUUAAUUCACAAUUAUUAUCGAGAACAAUGAAGACUUGACCCUGCAGGUAGAACGACAUUAGUAAUAAAGGUGAGGUUGCUGCCUUGAUAACAGGGUGAUUAUCUUGUCCGCAAUAUCACCUUAGGGGGUAGCGAACGCAACGCCACAAGCACCAACCAACGGAUGAUUAGCAAAGAGAAUUAUUGUAAACACAUUGAACAUUCAUGGAAACGUUUCUUAGAUGAUUGUUUAUUCAUAUUUGUUAAGGGUAAUGUUUUAAUGAGUUAUAUCUCAUGCUAAACUCACUAAAUGAAAGUUUAAAUUUUAUAAUAGAAAAAAAAGGGUUACAUCAAUUAACUUUUUAGAUGUAGCAAUAAUAUUAUCUGAAAAUGGUAACAUUACAACGGAUCUAUAUUAUAAAACUACUGGCACACACCAUUAUUUAGAUUUCAAUUCAUGUCACCCUUCUCAUACAAAACGAAACAUCCCGUUAAAUCUUGCUAGGAGAAUUUAUACAAUCGUAUAAUCUGAUAAGAAAAAAAAACCCCAAGAUAACCAGAAUUGACACAAUUCCUUCGAAAUGAAAACUAAUCUAGUGGUUUAAUAAUAAAUGACAUUAAACAAGCCUUAAAAAUAGAUCAGGAGGUUUUAAGAAAACCUAAAGUUUUAGGCAAACAAGAUGAAAUUUUGACUUUAGUUACAACACAUACUCCUUCUCAAGAACGGGGUAUGGACAUAAUUAGAUCACAUCUACCACAGUUAUUUAUAAAAGUGAAAAACCUUAAAUAUAUUAUGAUUUUGUUUGAAGACACGAUUUUGCUUGAAACCAAAGAGCUUCGUUUCAUUAAAAUGUUCGGAGCAAAUUUUGUUUGAAGACACGAUUUUGCUUGAAACCAAAGAGCUUCGUUUCAUUAAAAUGUUCGGAGCAAAACUCAAUGCAAAAGGUAAUUGACCAGUCGUGUCCAACUAUUAACUUCUUCCCGCAUUACUAUACAUAACGUUGCUAUGACGACGUUGCUUAGUAUUACGUUAUCGUAAUUGUUAAUAUUGUUAUGUUAUGUCCUGAUGAUGCCCCUGCGAUUGAAAAUAUUAGACAGUGAUUAAUUUUUAAUGAUAUAGUUGUUCAAUUCAUACUAUUGUUUAUAGGGAAAUAUAUAUAUAUCGACACAAACUGAUUUCAAUAUUGGGUUUAAUAACAUUUUAAGGUACCUUCCGUCUUGGGACUAUUCAUAAAUAAUGUCAUAUACAUAUUGCUGUAGUUAUUUGAAUAUGAACAUUGGGCUACAAAGGAUUAAUUAUCAUAUUUGUUGAACAUGUUUUGUUAGUGAAAUAUAUACAUUUGCAAUUUGAAUAAAAAUGAAAAGAAACGAAACAGAAACGAAGACGUUUAUUUUACAUUUAGAAAAAAUUAACGUUUUAUUAAGUCAAUGUUCAUAUUGACCAUGUCAUAUAUAAUAUACCUAAAAUGAGCGCUGCAGCACUCUGUGGAUAACCAUGUCUAUGAACUUGUAAUUAUUGGAUUGUAGCAUUUAUCUCUUUUGAAACAAAUAAACCAUUUUACAUCCACAGAA